GCCGUAGUACUGUACCCAUCAAUCUUAUUGGGUCUUUUUGUGGCAGUCUCUUCCCCAGAUAGCUGCAGACUGAGCAGCACACUGUUCCUGGUUUGUUUCUUGCCUGGAGUUGGUCCUAGCCAGUUUCGUCUUCCCCAGAGUUCAUCCUGGUUUUCGUGUGAUAGUCCAGGAGUGGGGUCGACCAGCCAGAUGAAUUGGGACUUGGGUUGGGCCUGGAUUGGGUCCUGGGGUUGGGCCUGCAGAGUACUCCGAGUAGCAGGUUUGAUCCUGUUUUGUGACCUGGAGUAGGCGCGGGGGUAAGCUCUGGAGUUGGCCCAUGCAUUGGUCCAGGAGCUAGCUACCGGUAGCAAGGGUUUGGGCCUCGUGUUGGUGGUUCGGUAGGUAGCGUCGCGUGUUACGGGGCAAUGUGCGACGGUCGAUCUGCUGUCCAACCGAUUGCGAAGUACGUCAUCGCACAUCAACUUAGUAAACAGGGAGCGGUGAGGAUUGAUGCCCAUGAGCAGCCGCAGCGAGAGGAGCGCAUCAACAGCACCAUCAUCGAUCCCUUGUGGAGAAUCAACACACCAACAACGAAGUGGAGUCUUGUAUCACCAUGAUGAAGGGACUUGUCACACUGAUCGCUCUCUGCAGCUCCGUGCUGUCAGUUGUAGACGGCUAUGCCUUUGUUCCAAGGGCGUCGUCCGUCACGAGUAUCCGUUCGUCGUCGACUCUCACCAUGAAGGUGUUUGACUGGAAGCGUCGAGAGGCGGACGAAUCCACUAUCAACGAUCUGGACAACUUUCAAUUCACUCUCGACAACCUCAGGCCUGCUCCAGGAUCUCGUCAACGCAAAAAGCGCAAGGGACGUGGUAUUGCUGCUGGACAAGGUGCCACUUGCGGUUUUGGAAUGCGUGGUCAAAAGGCCCGAUCUGGACGUCCGACACGUGCUGGAUUCGAGGGAGGACAAAACCCUCUCUACCGUCGUCUCCCCAAAUACGUUGGACGGCCGAUGGGACCUGGUCACUCCAAGACCAUCUACAAUUUAAUCAAGUUGGAGGAACUCAACGAUGUUGCUGCUGGAAGUACUUGCAGUUUUGAAUCUCUUUUGGAGGCCAAGGCUAUCACCAAAGCCAAGCACGGUAUCCACAAGAUUGUUGUUGGAAAGGGAGAAUUCACCGCCAAGGACAUUACUGUGCAGGCACAUGCGUUCACUGCCGCUGCUCGCGAGUCCAUUGAAGGUGCUGGAGGCAAGUGUGAACUCUUGAAGCCCACCACUGGUGAAGUCAUCGAAGCAUAAAACAAGUAGUAUCAUAGUAUGAAAUAGUCAAAAUAGAUGUUGACGGAAGAUG